AUGGCAGCUGAUACCAGCGCCAUUACUCCGACAUAUAUUAUUAAUGCUUUGCAAUUAAAUGUUUUAGCCGAGGCUUUGAAGAAGCAAGCCUGUAAAGGCAUAAGCCACACUAGAAGUCCUGCUAUUAGAUUACCAGCACCAGCAAGACAGGAUCUAGGUCAUGGUAUCGCGUGCUUACCAAACCCUCACCAACUCUUGGCACCUCAUACGACAUGUGUCAUUCUAGGCUGGGGUAAAAAACGACCAUCAGAUGUACACGGGACUCGGAUUUUACAUGAAGCACAGGUAUCAACAAUACAGCAGGGUGUGUGUCGUCGUUCGUACUGGCAAUACGCUAUAACAGAUAACAUGGUAUGUGCUGGACGCGGUCGCCGCGACUCCUGCGCAGGCGAUUCUGGCGGUCCAUUGCUAUGUAGGGAUAGAUCUAUGCGGUAUUACUUACAGGGUAUAACAAGCUUUGGUGAUGGCUGUGGAAAACGCGGAAAAUACGGAAUCUACACAAGAACUGCCAAUUACGUACCUUGGAUGCGUGCUGUCAUGAGCAAGAAUUACUUUGACGAUUAA